AUGGAGCCGAAACAAGAAGGUACAAAUCCAAUCCGAUGGCCGGAGUACUCGGACUGUCAGUUUGAGGAUUGUGCAGAAUGUGGUCUUGUUAUAUUGGGUUCAAUGUUUACGUGUAAUCUCUGCGAAAACCAUCAUAUCUGCGCAUCCUGCUACAAUGACACAAUUGUUGAAGAAAGUAUUCAUUCCAAGAAAUCUCAAGAUCUACCUGCCGAGCAUCCACACAUGCACCAUUCCUACCGCCUAGACAUGUCUCCAUUCGGCAAACUUGCAUUUCCGGUGCACGACAAUCCAUGCGCGAGUUGUGGCUCGAAAGUUUUUCCGGGAUUACGCUAUGUGUGUCCAGAAAUCUGUCCGGACUAUGGAAUUUGCGCGACAUGCUUUAUUAAAAAGAAAGGAACCGAUGAGAUAGAAUUGUUCGAAGCAGUUCAAGCAAAUCCAAAGUUAGAAAAGAAAUAUCAAAUUGGAGCAGCAAUUGUAACUCAAAAAUAUUAUGGUAUUGGGCUAGCAAGGCUAGACUGGUUUCUAAUUGAUAAAAAUGAUGAGGAACAAAUGAAAAAUCUGGGACGUAAAAUCGGUUUUGCUGUCUACCAGUAUCCUACAAAUUUGCCCCAAGAAGAAAGGAACAGUUUGAAUCCGGACCAACUGCAAGAACUAAUGAGGAAUAUUGAGAUGGAAGCUUCUCGAGAAAAUAAUAAUAAUGGGAAGCAAAAGAAAACGUUUGAUGCAAAAUUCAUACCAGAAUUUGGAUAUACUCAAGAGCAAGAAGAGCAUAUCCUCAAACUUCGUGAUGAAUUGUUUGAUAUUAAUCGAAGACAGAAGAAGUUGAAAGAAGGAGAACCCAGUAUUGUGGAGACCAAAUUCGUGUUCGUUAGCUUCUUUGCAGAUGGGUCGCAUUCCAAUAUUCUCCCACUGAUCUGUCUCCGUAUCAGUGACACCAAGAUAAUGUACGUAGAAUCCACUGGAAGAGCAUAUGACGAUUGGGAUGAUUUUCUGAGCAAGAAUAAGCUUCCAGAGUGUAACAUUCUUUAUCCACAUGAUGGAAUUUAUGAGGUAUCCGUUAUUUAUCAAUACUUUUGCAGAUGUUAUAAAAAAUCUUUAUUUUCAGAUGGAACCCGGAGGCAUUCUCAAGAUAUGACAUUUCUCGAAGAAGCAAGCUCCCAAGCAAAAUUGCAAAGCGCGAUGGGUAUUGGAAUCGCCGCUACCAUUGGAUCAGUCAUUGGACUCUUUACCCCACUUGCUCCUGUCGCUGCAACAACACUUCUCUACACUGCUAUUGGCACUGGUGUCUACACAAUGGCUAGAUCUGGAUAUCACAUUGUGGAUAGAGCAACACAUAAUGAAAAUGUCAAUCCGUUAAGAAGUCGUGAGAAUUUCGUCGACUGGUUGGCAGUCGCAGCUUCAUUGGCUUCGUUUGGAGCUAUCGGAGGAUCAGCGUACCUAACUGUGAUGGCGACCCAAGGAAUCGAAGUUAGUCAAGCGAUCGAAUACACUGUCAAUGCUGCAAUUUUCGCAAAUUUUGCGGUAUCUGGAAUCGCUUUGACUGCUUCUGGAUACAACAUUUUUGAGAAGGUCGCCAAUGGUGAGCGUCCAACCCCACUGGAGCUUUUCCAGUUCUCCACCAGUUUGCUGUUCUUCACAAAUGCCGCAGUUAACCUUCAAACUGCUGAAAAACUUAUUCAACAGACAACACAAGAAAAGAUUAACGAAUAUCGUGAUACCUUGAAAACUGCUGAAGAUAAGCAACAGUUUGACCAUACCAUCAACGAGAACAUGAAAAAGACAGAAGGUCAACCUGGAAAUUCCAAGCUAAAAGCCAAUUUGGAAACUAUAAAAGAUAUUCACAAAGCGAUGUUAGCUGACAAACACGUGGAAGCUCAUAUUCAUGAGCACGAACUUCCCAAAAAAUCAAAACCCAUGCCUUCUUCAAGUGUUCCGAAGAUGCAAGCCAAGCAGUUAACAGUAUCUGACAAAAAGAUUGUGGAGGAACAUUUGCAAGCUCUCGAUGCAAGAGGACAGUCUAAACUGCCAGCUAGCAAACAGAAAAUGACAACAUACUUAAACGUUGGUUGGGAUGAUAUUGCUGCCAAAGUCAAAGCAGUGCUGUCCGGAAGUGCUGGUGGUGCAAUAACUGAAAAACUGAUCGACGGAAAGACUAAGAAAACUGUUACAAUUGAUAAUGGAGAUGAAGGAUUCAUGGGAGCCAAAGUGGAGUCUAUCCCUAAUGGAGUUGCUAUUCGGAAAGGAGUCAUUGAUCGAAUUGAAAUCACUCUCAAUGAUUUUGGAGAGCCCAUUCCUCAUUUUGUUGAAGGAACAAUCCGGUCGGGAACUGAACAGAGUGUGGUCCGCAUCAGAUUGGAAAACCGUGGCGCUCUUGGAAACAUCCGUGCCAAACCAAAAGUGCGAAUGUAUAAAGAAAACUCAUCGAAAGGAGUGGAAAUCGAUGAUCAGGAACUAUCAGAGAACUAUUUCAUGUGCUACGAUUGGUCAUAA